AAAGACGCACCUGUUUCUGCUUGGUAAUCAGAGGGUUUGCUGGUGUUUGGAGGUUCUUCAGGUUGACACGUUCAGAAAGUUUUUACAUUGAGGACGAUGAGAUCACAAAGAAAAAGCAGUCUGGGACCACUCUGGGUCCUGACCAUCAUCCUGGCUGCCACAGCUCUGUUCCUCCCCACUCUGAGUCUGGACAGCCUGCUGUGUUACUACUGUCCUCUGCAGCAAAAAGGCAAGUCCUGCUCCAACAUCACCAGCCAGUGUCUGCCUGAUCAGCGCUGUUCCAGCUCCAGAGGCCACUAUGGCCCGAUCCACAUCCUGUCUGCUCAGGGCUGCGUGGACGCUGACCUCUGUGGCUCCCACGAAAUCAUCUCUCACCAAGGGGUUGAGAUCAACGUCACUCACACCUGCUGCUGCAAAGACAAAUGUAACAGCCGGCCAAAGUCUGACACCAAACUGAAGCUGCUACUGAGAAUGAUCAAAGGCAAAAUAGAUAACACCAACAUCACUAAUGUUCUUAGAGAGGAGCUAUGGGAUUCAUGUGCAAAUUACACAUCAUCAGGGAGCACCGAGUCACCUACCACUGCAUCAUAGAGGUGCUCAUAGGAGGCUGAGGAGAGGCCUGCCAGCCACAGGUGCUUAUCUGAGUCUCCAAAAGGUCGCUAACAUUCAAUCAAGUGUUUGUGAUACUUUGUAUUUUUACUAAAUGAAUGUGUGUGGGAUUACAUUUUUGCUCCGGAGAGAAAAAGGUGGAUUUGUCAGCCAUCCUCCUGGUACAAUGCUGACAUUAUUUAUGUGGUUACUGAUGAAUUCAGCAAAAUAAAAGUACCAUGAUUAAGCCUC